CUCCAUUCCGGUUGUCAUCAAAGCUACUAUCCGUUGCUGUUAUUCAAAGCCAAAAGCAAACUAGUUAAAGCUACGUCAUUACUUCUGUGUGUUGGAAACAAGUGUCGGACCCAACAAGGAUAUGUUCUGAAUCACUUGUUUAGUUGAAAUAGUUUAACUGGGCCCGGUGUCUUGCAUUGCGUUGACUACGACACUACGAAUAGGUUAUCCAUUAUGCAUUGAGGUUUGGCGGCCUCCUUUUCUUUUUAUUGACGGGUAGUGACAGUUGAAGAUGCCUCCGUCUUCUGGGGAAUUAUGGGGCCAUCAUGUUAUGCCCUCAUCUGUUAUUGUGGAUUGCUUGAUGCCAAAUGGGAUAUUAAUUCAAUUGGCAUGUGUAAGAGAUGCACCGCUAAAUGUCAUCAAAGGUGACUUGUGGAGGGAAGCUAAGAAACACCCACUUUUCUUUCUCCUUGGAGAUCCAUCUGCAUAUAUUUUUGUCUCAAUUUCACAUGAUGCCGAACAUGAGGAAUUCUAUGAUGAGUCCAGACGGCUUUGUGACUUGCGGUUGUUUCUUCCCAUACUAAAAGUGAUUGAACCCCAAGGAAAUAAAAUGGAGAAAAUUCUCAACUCUGAGAUCGGUCUAGCUGUAGGAGUUGCUGUUCAUGAAUAUGAUGAAAUGAAGGAACCUGAAGUGCAAGAUUUUAGACGAAACAUUAUGCAAGUAUGCAAAGAGUGUGUGGAACUACGCGAUCUCGGUGGACAGGAAACCCAGGCGCUUUUUGCCUACCCAGCAGAAGUUGAAUCUAAAAGUGGUCUCCCCAAAUCAAUUGAAAGCAAGCUAGAUAGAGGAGAAAUUAUGUUAUGCAUAUGGCAGUUAGCAAAGGAGGGAGCGGACCAACAAAAGCUUACCGUUAGAGUGUCAAAAGAUGCAUUUACGGAAACGGUUGUUGCCGAAGCUAUCGGCAAGAAAAGUAAAAGCUUGCGAAUGUCACGUGAGCAGCAGAUGCAACUUAUUGAUGAACACCAGAAGAAUUAUGUGCUCAAAGUUUGUGGUACCCAAGAAUUUUUACUAAAGCGGCAUCCAAUUUAUCAGUACAAGUACAUUCGCCAAUGCCUAGCGAAAGGCGAGAUCCCUCAGCUUUGCCUCUAUUCUCGUCGUGACGUAUAUGCGAGCCUUCCCGAAAACACAUUGCAUAUACCCUCAUAUAUGCGAAGAACUUUACCUACACCUCCUACGGGGAGUUCCAUCUCCUUAUGGCAACUAAACAGUUCGUUCCGUGUGCACAUACUCUGGGCUACUUAUGUGAAUGUUAGAGAUGUCGACCAGAUUUAUGUUCGUGCCGGACUCUACCAUGGUCAAGAGCCGUUAUGUUCAACGCAAGAGAGCCAGCAGGUGCCCUUUAAUUUCCCCAAAUGGCAUCAGUGGCUAACUUUUGACUUGAAUUUAACUGAUCUGCCUCGUGGCGCAAGACUUUGCCUUUCCAUCUGUUCUGUAACUAAACGGAAGAAAAGAGAGGAACACUGCAUGCUUGCGUGGGGUAACAUAAAUAUGUUCGACUAUCGGAAUUCCCUACUUACCGGCAAAGUCUCCCUUACUCUCUGGCCUGUACCCAAAGGAAUGGACGCGCUACUCAAUCACUUAGGAACAACCGGAUCAAACCCGAACAAGGACGCACCGUGUUUAGAAGUAGAGUUCGAUCGUUUCGCCCCGACAGUAUCCUUUCCAGAGGGACCUUCAGUUGAGGAUUACGGUCGGAAUGUUGCCACUGUACCUCUUAUUGGAUCGGGACUUCCAACUGAUUCGACGAAAUUGUCUUCUAACGUCGAGAGCCUGUUAGAAAUUCAAGCAAAAGACCCGCUUAGCGAACUGUCUGAGCAAGAGAAGGAUAUGCUAUGGGAUAUGAGACAUGUGUGCUGCAAAAAGGUUCCAGAUGCAUUGCCAAAGUUGCUGGAGGCUGUUAAAUGGAAUAGCCGCGACAAUGUCGCUCAAAUGUUCCUGCUUUUAAAUGUGUGGCCUCCAGUAGCCCCCGAAACAGCUCUCGAGCUACUCGAUUGCAAAUAUGCAGAUCCAUUUGUUCGCAAACUCGCUGUUAGAUGGUUGGAUAAAUCAUUAACUGAUGAUACUCUCAGUCAGUUUCUUUUGCAGUUGGUUCAAACCUUAAAAUAUGAACCUUAUUUGGACAAUGAACUGGCUCGAUUUUUGCUAAAACGAUCUUUACUCAAUAAAAAAAUUGGGCACUUUUUCUUCUGGCAUCUAAAGGCUGAAAUGAAUAAUCCCUCGAUCUCUCUCCGCUUUGGGAUUCUUCUUGAAGCUUACUGCCGAGGUAUAGGAGGUCAUUUAAAAGGUCUUAUCCGACAAGUGGAAGCACUGGAAAAGUUAACCAAACUAACGGACGCGCUAAAAGUUAAAAGAGACGAUCCGUUAAAGGAUCGCAUGAAAUAUUUAUGUGAAUCAGUGUCUCAACCGGAUUACGUGGACGCGUUGCAGAAUUUCACGUCGCCUCUCAAUGGUAACCAAACCUUAGGCUCUUUGGUUGCCGAAAGCUGCAGAAUAAUGGAUUCAGCUAAAAGGCCGCUGUGGCUCAUGUGGAAGAACCCUGAUCCUCUUGGCAACUUGAUUCAACCUCUAUACUCUAUUAUCUUCAAAAACGGCGACGAUCUUAGACAAGACAUGCUUACGUUGCAAGUCAUCAGAAUUAUGGACAGCAUUUGGCUUAACGAAGGGCUCGACCUUCGGAUGAUGCCAUACGCGUGUUUGUCAACAGGAAAAGAUGUUGGAAUGAUUGAAGUUGUAAGGCAAGCCAAAACAGUUUACGGAAUACAACGCCAAGGUGGAAAGUUAGCAGCUAUCCAAGUCGAUUCUACGCAACUACACAAGUGGAUCAAAGAAAAAAAUAAAGGAUCUAAAUACGAGCAGGCAAUUGAAACGUUUACCCAUUCUUGUGCCGGCUAUUGUGUUGCCACUUUUAUACUCGGUAUUGGUGACCGUAAUCCUGAUAAUAUUAUGGUCAACGAAGACGGCAGCAUCUUUCACAUUGAUUUCGGUCAUUUUUUGGGUCAUUUCAAGAAAAAAUUUGGUAUUAAUCGAGAGCGAGUGCCAUUCGUAUUAACGGAAGACUUCCUUUAUGUCAUAUCGAAGGGAGUUGAGAAUCCUACAAAAAGUUCAGACUUCCAAAAAUUCCAAGAGCUUUGUGGAAGAGCGUAUCUCGCCUUGCGACGGCACGCUAAUCUCCUCAUCACGUUAUUUAUUAUGAUGUUGCCCACAGGAAUUCCCGAGUUACAAUCUGUAGAUGAUAUUGGCUACCUACGCAAAACAUUGGCUGUCGAAAAGACCGAAGAAGAAGCCUUAGAAUACUUUCAAAAUCAGCUGUUUGAAGCAUACGGAGGGGCUUGGACCACCAAGCUAGAUUGGUUUUUUCACAGUGUUAAACAUAUGUAAGGCAUUUUAUCGGAUCUGAAACUCGAAUUUUUGUAUGACAGUUGAUAUUUGGUUUGACGCGUUAUCGGCAAUAGCGCAUGUGAUUUGCUUAAAUUAUGAUUACAGUUGUACAGAGUGCAAAACGCUCUUUUCGCGAUUGGUUCGCCUACCAGCCACAUUGGUUGUGUGUAACAUUACCAGUUUCCUUAUCUGCCUUUUGAAACACUUUCCUCGCCAUUAACUAGGCGCUUUUUUUGAAAAAAUAAAUUCAUUUUGUUUUGCUGA